ACUGUAUUGUCGUCGGUUGGUCCCAUUUAAUCAACAAUACGGCACCGUGUUCGAUCCCCUCGCAAACCCUAGGUCAAUGCGAAGAUCUCGGAGUUGCUCUGCUUAAAAUCCAGUGAUUACAGUUGUUGAAAUCAAGAGACGAGCUAAAGCUCUUCGUCAUUUCUGAACGAGGUAUAUACUAAUAGGUGUGUGCACACGAUGUCUUCGGCUCAAGAUCCUUUUUACAUUGUGAAGGAGGAGAUUCAGGAAUCUAUUGAAAAGCUGUUAUCUACAUUCCAUCAAUGGGAGCGCACUCCUCCAAGUAGUGGAGAUCGCCUACAUCUUUCAAGAGAGCUUAUUACAACAUGUGAUAGCAUUGACUGGCAGGUAGAUGAACUAAACAAAACUAUUGCUGUUGCCGCAAGAGAUCCUUCUUGGUAUGGUAUUGAUGAAGCAGAGCUUGAAAAACGACGAAGGUGGACCAGUGAUGCUCGUACUCAGGUGGGCAAUGUGAAGAAGUCAGUGGUAGCUGGAAAGGAGUCAAAUGGCAUGAGCUCAUCUAAUUUUGAUGGGAUGCGACGAGAACUGAUGAGGAUGCCAGAUUCUCAUCAGACUGGCAGAAAUGAUCCAUACACUGCUCAAGAUAAUGACGAUUUCAUAUCAUCAGAAUCUGAUAGACAGUUACUCCUCAUAAAGCAACAAGAUGAUGAGCUGGAUGUGCUUAGUGCUAGCAUUGAAAGAAUUGGAGAUGUCGGGCUCACUAUUCAUGACGAACUUAUUGGACAGGAAAGGAUCAUAAGUGAUCUGGGUUCAGAGCUGGACAAUACAUCUAAUCGUCUUGAUUUUGUUCAGAAAAAGGUCGCUAUGGUAAUGAAGAAGGCAAGUGCCAAGGGGCAGAUUAUGAUGAUUUGCUUUCUUCUAGUUUUGUUUAUCGUUUUAUUUUCCCUAGUUUUCUUGACUUAAUUAAGAGAGGCAAACUGCGGGUGAAGUUUACAGUUUUAGUUAGAAUACGUUGGAUUUGUGUUCAAUGUAAGUUGACCAGUUAUGUACUCUGGUAUAUGAUACAGAUUGUAUUUACUCAUAUUGACUAUAAAGGUUUAUGCUAUGCCUAUGGUUCCAGCAUCUCAUA